AUGCAUCAACCUACAAAAAUCAACAUAAAUCACUCUCGAAUGAACUCAAUAUGGAUCGAUGAAGAUCAAGAAGCAGAAAAGAUCUAUACAUUCCAAACACAUCGGUUUUCCGAAUCUGAUGACGAAGACGAAGCUUUAGGCGUAGCUUUACUUAAUAGCGAUCAGCCUGUACUGGGAAGUAAAAGAAAUAUUAGCUUGCCUCCACUGUUGUCUUUUUCUUCAACAGAUGACUCACUGUCUUUUGAUUCAUCAGAUAAUUCCUUGUUUGACUCUCCAAUAAAGAAGUCUCCAGCGAAACGUUUCAUAUCAUUGUUCAAUAUUAAACAACCUGUCGUCGCUCCGAAGAAGAUGCAUAUCACAACCCCAUUUGGCUUCCAACACAUAUCACAUGGAUCCUUCAAACCAACAUCCCCAGAUGAAACCGGUCUUACUUCUAAUACAAAGUAUAAUGGGCAAUCGACACCAACCACUCCAACUCCUUCUUACCCUUUAAAUUGUGCUUUCAGAACAGAAUCAAUACCGGACACAAGCUACAAUUCUGAUCAUACAUCAAUCCAAAGUAGAAGUCGUUCUAUAACACCAAUACAACUAAAUUCAUCUAAGAAAUGCGUGAGAUAUAAGUCUUGUAAAAGACAGAAACCAUUACAAAUGCCCAUUUCUGCACGAAAUGUGCCAAAUUUAAAUGAGGCGUCAAAUACUCGUCCAGUAAUUCUUCCACCAGCCCGUAAUCCAACACGUUUACUGAAGAGUAAACUGAAGGAGAAUACAAACUCUUAUGAAGAUAUUUCACCUGACUUCUUGAAAGAAUAUGACUUUCCUUCAUUACUAGAAAAUUACACAGAAGCAGAUAAUCUAGAUGAUGACCCAUUUUACCUCACUCCCAAAACACCAAAGUAA